GGCGGUGCGGCCCCGCCCCUGUCGCCGUGGUUACGAGUCAAGAUGGCGGAAGAGGGUGCUCCUGGCCGGCGCGGGGAGCGGGAGCGGAACGAGGAGGCGCCGGUGGAGCGCGGCCCCGGCGCGGCUUUUCACAUGUUCGUGCUCAUGGAGGACCUGCUGGACAAGCUAAAACUGCUGAGCUACGAGGAGGAGGCGCUGCUGCGCCACAACAUGCGGCCUCUAUCCAGGCACUACUUUGCGCUGCCCACCAAUCCCGGAGAGCAGUUCUUCAUGUUCUGCACGCUUGCCGCUUGGCUGAUCAGCAAAGCAGGACAUCCCUUCGAGCAGCCGCAGGAGUACGAUGACCCCAAUGCAGUGAUUUCAAACGUGCUCUCAGAGCUGCGGUCCUUUGGAAGGCCUGUGGAUUUUCCUCCCUCAAAAUUAAAGACAGGCUGUGGAGAGCAAGUGUGCUAUGUUCUUGAUUGUUUAGCUGAAGAAGCCUUGAAACACACUGGGUUUAGCUGGAAAAGGCCAGCAUACCCAACAGAAGAGCCAGAAGAAGAAGAAAUAACAGAAGAUGAUGCAGAAUUAACACUUAGUAAACUGGAAGAGGAUGUUGCAGAAGAAGAGUCAGACAAUGAAGAAAAUUAUAUUGACCUGAAUGUUUUAAAGGCACAGACGUACAGAUCAAACAUGAAUGACACUGCAAAGCAAGAAGAGAUUUUACAGUCCACAACAGAUGCAGCAGAAUGGAACCUGGAAGUGGAACGUGUGCUUCCACAGCUGAAAGUCACAGUCAGGACUGACAAUAAGGAUUGGAGGAUUCAUGUAGAUCAAAUGCAUCAGCAUAAGGAGGGAAUUGAUUCUUCUUUGAAAGAAACUAGGGGUUACCUUGACAAACUCCAUAAUGAAAUCAGCAGAACACUGGAAAAGAUCAAUAGCAGGGAAAAGUACAUCAACAAUCAGUUGGAGCACUUGGUUCAAGAAUACCGUUCAGCACAAGCCUUGCUGAGUGAGGCUAAAGAGAAGUACCAGGAGGGAAGUGGAGGAGUAACUGAAAGGAUUAAAGUGCUUUCUGAGAUUACAGAAGCAUUAGAGAAAGUAAAGCAGGAAACAGAAGAGAAAGGAAGCAGUAUGACUGAUGGUGCUCCUCUAGUGAAGAUUAAACAGGCCUUAACAAAAUUGAGGCAAGAAACCAUUCAGAUGGACAUACAGAUUGGUGUGAUGGAACACACAUUGCUUCAGUCAAAGCUGAAAGAGAAAUCCAAUAUGACUAGAGAUAUGCAUGCAACUGUGAUUCCAGAAGCGGCAGUAGGCACCUAUUAAAAUAGGUUGGACCUGACUUGGUUUGCCCAAAAUGCAGUUUUCUACCAUUUGUUUUUUUGCGAGUUCAGAGGUUUUGUUUAUGUUGUGUUUUGUUUUCCUGUUGCUUUUGAACAAGAUGCUUGUUAAAAGAUGCACUUUUUAAGGAAGUAACUUUAGACUCAAGAGGGAGCCAUGUUUAGUUUUGUGCUGUAAAGAUUUACUGCAUAUCUCUUCCAAAUAUACUAAUAAAUUCUUGUUAGUGAA